ACCUGUGGUCGCAAAAUGUGUUUGUGUGUGUGUGUGUGUGUGUGUGUGUGUGUGUGUGUGUGUGUGUGCAUGAUAUUAAAUAAAAAAAAAUAAGUCAAAUGGGGACUCAAAGGUUCUUUGGCAGCCCUGGCAGGUGGCAGUGAGGUUUGUGAUGCACAUUCCCACGUGUGUCACCAGCUGGCACCGAGAGCUGCGGCCGCGCCGGCGCGGAGCUCUGUUGUGCUGCCAGGCCAGUUGCUUGGAAAAAGGAGAAGGAGGAAAAAAAAAACUAAACAAAACAAAGGGGAAGAACUCACCCAGACAGGCAGCAGCGGGCCCCAGCGUGGCUGAGGUUUCCAAGGCUACUGCCAGGCUGCAGCGGCACUGCUGGCUGGGACAGAGCCGCUUUUGGGGUCACUUCGCACGGUUUUUAGUGUUUGAGUUGUUUGGGCCACUCGUGGCUCAGGUUGUGUGUGGGGUGGGGGGUUGCUGAGUGAGGAGUUGGGAUUUUUUGGGGAAGCCUUGCAGGUUUGGGGGCUGGGCAAUGAGAGCCUUUCUAAGGAGCUCGGAGGGGUGUUUCCAGCUGAAACCCCACACCACGACCAUCGGGAGCCACAGAGGGGCCGACAUCGUCCUGCAGUCCGCAGGUGUAGCAGAUCGUCACGCAGCCCUGGAAUUCUCCGCCUCCGACAACGGCUUCAUCCUUCAGGACUUCAACUCCCCCCACGGCACCUUUGUCAACAGCUGCCAGGUCCAGAAUGCGGCCGUGGGGGUGAGGCCAGGGGACAUCCUGCGCUUCGGCACCGCGGGAGCGGCCUUCGAGCUGGUGCUGGAUGGGGCUGCCCAGGUGUCCUGUCCCCCCUUGAAACGUCGCACAGGGUGGGCGGGGCAGCUCCAGGUGGUUGCAGAGCCCAAACCCUCUGCUCCCGUGUCUCCUCCCCGCCUGCCCUCGCUGCAGUGGCAGCAUCCCCCUGGCUCUCCAGGCAGGGGCACUCCUGGAGCCCUCGGCCACCAGCCCCAUCCUCCUCUGCCGAGGAGACCCCUGAGCGCCUGGGACAGGAGCGUGGCCAGCACUGCCUCUCUGGACACCUUCGGCAGGACCUCUGCAGUGAGGCCAGUCUCAACCAGCUUCUCAGGUGAUUGUGCAAGCAGUGUGGGGGGAGCCCCUUCCCUGGGGACUCACAACACGGAUCUCCUCCAGCAGGAGAAGGGGGAGAAGCUGCUGCAGCUGGAGAAGGAAAUGGGUCACCUCUCUGGUUUGGAAGCAGAGUCAAAGCGCAAAGACGUGGUGAUAAGAGAUCUGCAGGAGGAGGUCGCAGCCAUGGCAAAGAAACUGGCCCAGGCGGCGGCGAGGAACGAGGUUGAACUGACCCAGAAACUGCUGGCCUUCAAUCAAGAGCUGGGAGCCAAAACAGAGGAGAUCAAAGCCCUGAGGGAACAGAUCAAUGACCUGCAGAAAGGCUCGAGCCAGGUUUUCAGCCAUUCCCUCUAUGAAAGAGACCUGGAGAUCGGGAGGCUGCGGAGAGAAAGCGAGAAGUUGAAGAAGGACCAGGCUUUGAGUGCAGGUCUGGUGAGCAGCCUGCAAAGGGAUGUCCUGCAAAAGGAGCAGAAAAUUCAGCAGCUCCAGCAAGAGAUUGAAAAACUGAAGAAGGAAAAUCGAGAGAAGGACAACCAGCUGGCAGUUGUUUCUGCCAAGUGCUCGAGAAUUAAAGAGGAAACGAAGCGUGAGCUCGGAGAGCAAGAAAUAAUCAGCUGUCGAAAUCGCAUUGGGGAGCUGGAACGGGACCUGGAGGGGCUGCAGGUGGAAAUCCAGAAGCAUUGUGCCAAGCAGGAGAGCGUCCAAAAUCAGCUGGCUGAGAAAGCCCAGGCGGAGGAGGAGCUGAAGGCAGCCGGUGCCCGGCAGGCUGUGCAGCUGCGGGAGAUGGGGCGCAGGGAGCGGCUGCUGCGAGCGGAGCUGCGGCGGGCAGGGGAGCAGCUGGAGUCCUUCAAGACCCAAGUGAUGCAAGUCUGUUCUCCAUCAGCAGCAGGCAGCACAGGGAAAUCCAUAACGGAGCAGCAGGUGAUAGAGAAGGUCAGGCAAAUCUGUGAUGAGAUCCAGCAGAGUCAUGAGAGGGAGAAGUGUCUGCAGGAGGAGUUAAGCUCCAGGCUCAUGAAGGAGAAGGAGGUGUCUGCAAACAUUGAGGUGCUCAAGAAUUCCCUGCAGGAGCUCCAGGCUUGCCUGAGGAGCUCCUGCAGCAGCACCAGCCUGCAAGGGAAGCUGGAGCAACUGGAGGUGGCGUCCCUGGAUCCCUCCAUCUCAGCCAUCAGGACAGCAGUGGUGGACAUGGCACGUGUCCCCCUCUCCUGGCUGGAGGACGUGGAGCAGCUCCUGGCCAGUGUGGGGAUGGACCUGUGCACCUCUGGCCAAGGGCUGUUGGCUGCUUUCAGGAGCUUGUUGGAAAAGACUCAGGAAGUGGCACAGAGGAAUCAGCUGUUGCAGGAGCAAUUAGAGAGGCUCCAGCAGUCACAGGCAGAGAUGCUACAGGAGCACACAAAGGAGCUGGAAGCAAAACAUGAGCAAGACUUGGAGAUAAAAAUCCAGCAAAUUAUCCUGGAAAAGGACAAGGAGAACAAAGAGAUUCUAGAAAGCACUCUCGCUGAGGAGAAGGACAAGUGUAAGAAAUGUGUGGAGGAAGAGCAGAAGAAGAUCCAAGAGCUGGAAAGCCACCUGAAAAGCAUGAAUGAGGCAACAGCAAGGAAGGCAGAGGAGCAGGAGGUGAUAGAGGGCAAACUGAAAGAAGCUUUGCAUGAGCUGGAGGAAACCACUGCCCGAGAGGUGUUGCUACAGCAGCAGCUGCUCGUGCAGGAUGAGCAGCUCAGGGCUGUCCAGGAGGACAAGGAGUUACAGAGGCAGAAACUGCAGGAAGAAAUAGCAGGAUAUAGGGAGCAAAGCAAGCAGCAUUCCCUGACCAUCGUGGCUUUAGAGGACAGGCUGCUGGGGGCCACACAGGAGCAGAAGAUGCUGGAGGAGGAAAAGGCAGCACUUGUGGAAAAAAUGGAAGUAAUUCAGCGCGGUGCCCACAGGUCAGCAUCAGGAGCUUGGCUGGAGGUUUGUCCUGCCAUGGAAUCACACAUUUGUCUGAGGAAACUGCAGGAGGAGCUGGCCAUGGCACAGAGCAUGCUUCUGGAAAAGGAGGCCUUCAUUGGCAGGCUCACCAGGGAGCUGUCAGAGAGCAGAGCCAGAGUGUCGGACAUGAGAGGGGAGCUGAGCGAGGAGCAGAAGGUGGAGCUGGAGAAGAACCAGAGCCGCCUGAAACACCGGGAGCGGGAAGUGAACCAGCUCAGGGAGAAGCUAUCCCAGAUGUCCAACCUUGUGGAGGAGAAGGAUCAAUCCCUGAAAGCAGCAGCUGAAGAGUUAAGGCGAGCCCAGGCCCGCUGCCAGGUGCUGAGGGACGCUUCCCAACAAACGGUGGAAAAGCCUGAGGAUGCUCCCAGGACACCAGUGCGGGUGGGUGAAGCCUCCCAGAGGGUGCCCCCGUUGGACUUGGCUGACCUCGGUGCAAAAUGCCGAGGCCUCAGGCACCAGGAAACGAUCCAGCGGCAAAAGGAAGGUUUGGCUGAGCUCCGGGAGAGAGUAAAGAUGCUGGAGAAGAGGCAGAGCUCAGGUGCUGUGAAGAAGGGUUUGGAGCCACAGGUGAGAGACUUACCGGAGGAGAUAGUCCAGCACACAGGGCUUGAGAUGGAGCCUGCACCCAUGUCAGGAACAAAAUUGAAGGCUGGCAAGGCUCCUGGCCACGUUCCUAAUGGGGGGUCCCUCAGGAUCACCAACAGGGCAGCGAGUUUGGAGAUGGCUGAGGCGACAGACCCCGGUGAGAAGAUGUACCUUGAUGUGAUCGGUGCUCUGGGAAGCCUGAUGGAGAUGAAGGAGCUGUCAGGAAUGCAGCCUCUGCAGCACCUUCCUCUGGAGGAGAGGGAAGAAGUGGGACUGCAGAGACAGAGCGCCCUGGAGCUGCUGUACAAAAAGAUCAGGAACCUCCAGCAUCGCCUGGAAAGGAAAGAAGAAAUGCUAAAAGAUUAUGAGGGAAGCAUGGAGCAGCUAAGGCAGAACCAAGCAUCCCUGCGAAGGUGUCAGGAGGAGAUGUCCAACCUGGAAGAUGAAGCCCACAGGGAGGCAGAAGAGAAGGCUCUGCUGCGAGAGGCUCUGGAGAGGACACAGCUCCAGCUGGAGCAGGAGAAGAGGCUGCGACGAGCGGCCAAACGGCACAAGCCUGGAGCCACGAAGCCUCUCUGCUCAGGCAAGCCAAGAGCCAAAGAGCACACAGCAGAUGCUGUCAAGAAGGGAAGCUCACAGGAGAGGCACCACAGGGGCGUGCAGCGUGUGAUGGUCUGCGGUAGGAACGAGUCACCCCUAUAAACUCUGUGAUGGUGGAGCAGGCUUGAGAUGUGGGUGCACUUCGAGUAGCUCCUGUCGGUAUCCUGUAGCUCCUGGGCACACUGGUGUGACAGUACAGUGUGUAGGACCUAAUUUGCCAGCAGUCUGUCCCCCACACAGCAUGGUGGGAUUUAUGGCAAUGGAAGAGGUGGGGAGGAUACAACCCAGCCUAUACAUGUGUGUAUAUAUAUUUGUGUGUGUAAAUACAGCCAUGAUGUGUGAAGUCAA